AUGGGCUUCAAAACAUUCAUUACUCUGGCCACUCUCGGCCUCGCGGCCGCGGAAAGCUCGGUCGUGUCUCUGUUCAUUUUCGGUGCCGAUUCCCAAUCACUAUUUGGAUCGGUCGUGGCAUCGAAUGCCAAGACGACCACAUAUAGCAUCAACUGCGCACCUGGCGCUGACACCGAGGACUGCGGAUACCUUCCGGGUCUGCUGUACACUGCUGCCCCAACUAGUGUGGCUGAAGGUACUAUCAUCUGCUCUAUGGGUGGCACUACCUCCGCUCGGUGCACGGAUCUGUUCCCUACCAGCGGGCAUUUUUCCCAGCCCGCGGCGUACACGACUCUGGGCCAAGAGGAUAUCUCUGCCGGCAUGAUUCCAGUCACCAUUACCGCUGGUCCCUCGACAACGGCCACACGGGCGUCGGCAGCCACCCAGACUGGAAGCUCUGCUGAUGCUGCGUCCACUGGAUCUUCAAGUACCAGCACUGGAGGCUUGCCCCGUAUGACUGCCAACCCAAGCAUUGUUAUGAGCGGUGCUGCUGCGGCACUGAUGGCUGUUGUUCUCUGA